CGGACCCAGCCGGCGAGCUCCCAUGCCGCUGAUCCACCCCCUGGGGACGCGGCGCACGGGCCGGGCCAGGGCUCCGGAGCGAGGCUCCGCGGGGCUCAGAACCCCGCGCUCAUCUGCAUGCUGCUUUGCAUCUCAUUUACAUAGCCCGUCUUGCUCCGCAAGUUUUUUUCACCCAUGAACACCCCCCCACCAGCACUGGUAAAAAAAAAAAACCUUCCCCGCAUCCCGGAUCCGACCACCCGGUUCUCCAGAAGACAAUACUCCAAUUCUCUGGGAAGUGGGAGAAACCAAGCUGGACUUGGGGGUGGAAUGGGACCCCAUUGGGACUUUGAAAACGUCAAAUUGUCGAUUAAUCUCCUCAGCAUUCAGACACCUUCUAUCUUAGUCUUGUUGGGAGUCCUAAAACUCUCCGUUGCUUGGUUAGGGGGGCGUCCCUGGUCCUGGAUUAGGAAGGUAGGUAGCCUGAGUUCCCCCACACACAGGGGAGGAUUGAGGGUGCCCGCCCCGUGAUGUCACCCCCCCCAACACACACCCUGUCUCCUUCCUCCACACACACCCCUACCCCCAAGCUACUUGCAUUUAGCUCACAGGAUUUGACUCGGACCUGCAGGCGGUUAGGGAGCACCGAGCACAGGGGACCUGGCCAACAGCCACCCCUACGCCUAGGACCUGGGGCUGGGAUGAAGCUGGAGGUGUAAGCAGUUCCACCCUUUGCUCUCCUCAACCUUGGAGGGUGGGCCAUGGGAUUUGGACUGGCUGUAUUCGGCUUUCCCCCAACCCAAUCUCGGCCUAAAGCCAAGACUUCAAAAUCUUGACAUGGUUAACCACCUUCUGCCCGAUAGUUAUGGAUGGAUGAGAGAAGCUGACCUUCCGCUCUGGGACCUUCUUCCUUGUACCAUGGAGAAAGCCUUGUUGCCGCUGACCAUAACAUCUGACCCAAGACCCUUCAAUCAACAGCUCCCCGAGCCUCCGGACCUGAGAUGUGCCUUGGAACCCCAGGGCGGCCUUGAACUGGCGCCUGCUCUUGUGUGUGCGCUUUGCUGCUGCUUUGGGAUCAUCUACUGCUGCUUCGGCUACCGCUGCUUCAAGGCAGUGAUGUUUCUCUCGGGUCUGCUGUCAGGAGCUCUGGUGAUCUUCCUCCUGUGCCACAAGGAGCGAGUGUUGGAGACACAGUUGAGCCUGGAGGUGAGCGCAGGCAUCGCGCUGGGCAUCGGACUCCUCUGCGGCCUGGUCACCAUGCUGGUUCGCAGCGUCGGGCUCUUUCUGACUGGUCUACUGCUAGGUCUGACCCUAGGUGCUGGAACCUUGUUGGGCACAGAGCCCAUCUACCAGCCACGUUCAGCCUGGGUGCCGAUCGGUGGACUAAUGGGGCUGGCACUGCUGGGAGCCCUGCUCACACUCCGGUGGCCACGCCCGUUCACGGUGCUAGGCACUGCCCUCCUAGGCGCUGCCGUGCUGGUGGCCUGUGCUGACUACUUCUUGGAAGGGCUGGCACUGGGCACUCGGCUAAGCGAACGCCUGCAGGCGCUUCCAGAAUUGCUUCCUCUUUGCUGGUAUAGCUGGGUCUUACUGGGGACCUGGCCAAUCUUGGGGGCUCUUGGGACACUGGCCCAGUGGAAACUCAUGGCUGAGGAACGCGGAAGCCACACCAAUGCAGUGGUCUUGAGCCACCAGAGAAGGCAUCUCCAGCUCCUUCGGAUCCAUCAGCAAGAGGCUAAGUGGCAUCGGAACCCUUCUGGAGUGGGACUGUAUGAAGGCAGCUAUCGAAGUCAACUUUCCCCCAAUAUCCGGAGCCCUGGUGACAGUCUGGCUCCAGUGAGCGGGAGGGUGAGGUAUCCUGGGGAAGAUGGGUCAGAGGGCAUACAGUGAUGGCCAGCGUGAGCUUAGGCUCUGACCCAGAACCCCCUUCUACCUCUCUGGCCUGGUCCACUCAGCGUUAUCUCCAGAGUCUCUGUGAGGCCACGGGUCCCCGCACUGUCCUGGACCUGGGUUCUGGCUGCAGUCCCACUGUCCUCUGUCCAUCUUCUCAUUCCGCCCAGACUUGAGCCCAAGCCUCUGGUGAUGCCGCUGCCCGAGUGAGGGCAGGAGAUUGCUACGUGGAUAGGGCCUGAGCCUACGGGACCCACACAGAGUUCCCUACCUCUUGGACUUGGAGAUAGUCUCUAUCCCUAGACUAACCCUUUUAAAAGUGGGCAGAGAGAAUUCUUGUAAAGAUGGGGGAGAGCAAUACAGCACCUACCUCUGUCAGUGGUCACGGUGCCCUGGUCCCUAGAGACACUGGCUCCAAACCAAGGAGAUUUACCCAAAACAGCUUUUUGUAAAAAAAAAAAAAAAAAAAAUUCCUAUAGUGCUGAGACAGAACCUAGAGUGUUGUUCAGAGUAGACGAGCGUUCUACCACUGAACUGCAACCAUUCCCAAAUAUUCAUUUAAACGUCCUGGUGUGCCUUACUGUGGUAAAAUACAGGGCUCUGUUGUAGGACCGGUAGAAAACUGAGGAGCCCCUGAGGCAUGUCACAUUUUUUUUAGUAGGGAAAAUGGCACAGAAGUACUCUAAGAUCCCCCAGCUCCCGGGUUCCUUAGGGGUACCUGAACUUCCGGUUGGCCUUUCUCAGUGGACCCCAUAGUCUUGAGUCCCCUCUACCUCAGGGGAAUGCAAUUCUCCACGGUGCUUUCUCCUCUCUCUUCAAUGAGGGGAGACCACAGAAUCUGCCUCAGCUCUCCUCUCCAAGAGCUGGCUCCUUCUCUAAGAAGAGAGCAUUGGCUCGCAUGCCUAAUUCUUGCCUUUUUGCUCAGAGAAAUCUGGGCUUCAGGGCUGCACAGUAGUCAAGUGCCUUCUGCCUCCACUAACCCAUCCUAACGCUCCCUCCUCUGACUCGCCUGAGCAAGGUCUUUCCUGGUUUUCCAGACAGUAUGAAGGAAGACACAUCCCUCCCCCAGCAGCAAAUCUGUAAUGAGAGGGGGGAAGAACAAGGGAACAUGGGAAUAAAAUGGCUUUGAAAAUUCAA